GAAUUAGCGCAAUUUAUUCAAACAAGAAUGAAUUAUCACAAGCCAUAUUUUAUUUUAUGGAUAGGACAUAGCUUUUAUAUUUUAGUUUUCCCGUUUCAAUUCAUGUUUCAUAUGAACAUUCAUGAAUAUGUUAAUGAAUUUCUUAAUGUUGGAAAUGAAUUAGUCGACAAGAUGAGCAUAUCAGCUCAUACAAUUCUUAUAAAUCAUGAUAAUGAUGAUGGCAGCAGCAGCAGCAGUAACGACGACGACGAUGACAACAAUACGACAAAUGUAUUUCAUAUUUUAAAUUCACAAAAACACCAAAAUGUAAUCAAAUAUGUGCUAAAAUUCUCUGCACUGUUUGCAAUUUGUAUGUGUAUUCCAGGAUAUAUUUGGUACAUUGCCGUGGCAUUUACUACAACAGCUAAAUUAACUGCAAUUUUUAAUACAAGUUGUUUUUGGGCUUACGUAUUCUCAAUAUUAUUAUUAGGAGAUUCGUUGCAAAAAGAAAAGAUAUUGGCGGUUUUCCUAAGUAUUAUGGGUGUUGCUAUUAUGACAUUUUGGGAUAUAAGUCAAGAUGAUAACCCGUCAGCAGAUAAAAAUUCAAAGUUUGAUAAUAAUGAUGAAGAUCGUAGUCUGAUUAAUAUGGGAGAUUUUAUAGCAUUGGUUGGUGCUCUUGCUUAUGGACUAAAUGAAGUCAUAUAUAAAAAAUAUGCAAGUCCAUCAACCCCGUCAUGUUUAUUCUCCAAUACAAUCACUGCUCUUAUUGGCGUUUUCACAUUUUUCAAUAUAAUUUUAGCACAAGAAACACAAGGAACGAUUAAAAAGGCAUUUGAUUUGAGUGAUAUUAAACUAGCUGUUAGUACUUCGGAAGCUGUUAGAAAACUAACCGAAAGUUUAACAUACCCUAAUUCACUUUCCACGCUUAUUCAAUUAAAUCAAGGAGAUGAUAUAAAAAUGAUAUUUACUAUAAGAGAUGAAAAGACACAAAAAGGAAUCCAACCUCACCAAGCCUUUUUAGUUUUAUCUUCUGAAAAUAACAAUAAGAUUCAAUUGCCUUUUAUUGUACAAGUUCGUGAAUCAGGGAAAGCUAGUGUUAAAUUGGUUGGUUGA